UGCGCCCGUGACGUAACGCGCAGUGUAUUGACGUGACACGCGGCACCGGUGAGAUGUGGAAAGCUGAAGGUUCGGAGAACAUGAUAAAUGAUAAACCUCUGUUCACAGAAAAUGGAUUUACUGAUAUAUAAUAUGCAACUUUCCUGCCUACAUGAUUAACAGCUAAAUAUUUUUCAUUGUACCCAUAGAACAGGAACCUCUACAAUCUGGAAUUCUUGAUUCAAACUGCAGUUCCCUGAGGCUCCCAAGCAUGAUGGGUACUUCCUGGUUCACAGUCAUUGCCAUAUUUGUGUUUUCCUCCAUUUAUUGUAUUGUUUCUCAUCCCAAACCGGAGUUAUGGUUUCAAGAACUCUUCCCCCUUAAGAUGUGUCCAGCCAAUGCCAGCAUGGAAACAUUUUAUGGCAUUAUGUUUGAUGCAGGAAGCACAGGGACACGAAUUCAUAUUUACACCUUUAUUCAGAGAAGCCCAGAAAACCCUGCAGAGUUAAAAGGGGAAGUUUUUGAAUCAGUGAAACCAGGUCUCUCAGCAUAUGCCAAUCAGCCUAAGAAGGGUGCUGAAACAAUCAGAAAAUUAUUAGAGAUGGCUAAAAAUGCUGUUCCACCAAGUCACUGGAGCAAGACCCCCGUAGUAUUGAAAGCCACUGCUGGUCUGCGGUUAUUAGCGGAGCACAAAGCUCAGGCUCUACUCUCGCAAGUCAGAAUGGUCUUUGAGGAUUCCCCAUUUUUAGUUCCUGAUAAUAGUGUUAGCAUAAUGGAUGGAUCUUAUGAAGGUAUUUUGGCCUGGAUCACUGUGAAUUUUUUGACAGGGCAGUUGUAUGGCCAAGAGCAGCAGACAGUGGGAACUCUGGACCUGGGAGGAGCUUCAACUCAGAUAACGUUCCUGCCACAGCUGGCGGAAACCUUAACAGAAACACCAGUCGACUUUCUUACCUCAUUUCAAAUGUUCAACAGCACUUAUAAGCUAUACACACACAGCUACUUAGGACUUGGGCUGAAAGCUGCUCGGUUGGCAACAUUAGGAGCUUUGAAUUUAGAAGCACUUGGACAGACAUUCCGAAGUUCUUGUCUGCCAAAACAGCUGGAAGCAGAAUGGCAUUUUGGUGGAGUAAAAUACCAGUAUGGUGGCAACACAGAAGGUGAAACUGGAUUUGAACCAUGUUAUUCUGAAGUAUUGAAGGUUGUACAAGGAAAAUUGCAUCAACCAGAUGAGAUUCAGAGAAGUUCCUUUUAUGCCUUUUCCUAUUAUUAUGAUCGGGCGGUGGACACUGACCUUAUAGAUUAUGAGAAAGGUGGUGUUUUAUAUGUGAGAGACUUUGAAAGAAAAGCCCAACAAGUUUGUGAUAAUCUGGAUAACUAUAGCACUGCCAGCCCCUUUUUAUGUAUGGAUCUCAGUUACAUUACAGCUUUAUUAAAAGAAGGCUUUGGAUUUGGAGACAGCACAGUUUUACAGCUGGCAAAGAAAGUCAAUAACAUAGAGACAAGUUGGGCUUUGGGGGCUACCUUUCAUCUUCUACAGUCUCUAGGACUCUCCUACUAGGAAAACAGAAGAUUUGCAUUUCUUGCAAGAGCCAUUCUGAUCAACACAUAACAAAAUUACAGACCAAAGUAGAAGAAAGUUUUACUUUUAAGAACUGCAGUUCAACAGAAAUUCUUCUACAGUGGUAAGACCUAACUACCUAACUGAUGCCAAAGAACUUUGAAACAGAUUAGGCAUCGUUUCUGUCAAGUCAUGAAUGCAUAUUUGGUACCAGCACAUCCAACAUUGGACUUGCUCCAUGAGCUCUUUUAACUAUGAAAUUCUGAAUGUUCACAUCAAAGAAGCAGCUUAGUCUGAUUUUUUAAAAGAAAAAACAGCAAAACCGAAGUUAUUAUUUAUCUUUCCCAUAAGUUGUUUGAAACCAAGUAGUUAUGCUUCUAGGGUUAGCUAGUUCUUAAACAUAAAUAAAGAUGUUAUUUUAUUCAAUUAUAUAUAUAUAUAUAUAUAUUAGUUGGUGAGGAGUAUUAGCAAAAAGAUUUUAGGAAUCCCACAAGGAAUUGUUUCAGGUUUAUUUUUCUAAAUUUAAAAAGCAAAGUCCUCUAUAACUGUUCUUUUUUAUGUUAGACAAUGAGGUUUCCUUGGGUUAAAUACUUCCUGAGAUAUGAUUAGUACUUCCUCCUCAGUCAACUCUUAUAGAAUAACUUAAUGCAAGCCCUGGAUAGCCUCUUUUUAAAGAAUUCUAUGAAAAUAAAAGCCUUUUUUUUUACUACCACAUCCCCCCCCACCAAAUAUAUAUUGGUUUGGAGACAGGGCAAUUAGAUUCCAGCAGUUACAUUCUGGCUAGUAGAUUGGUACAUUACUUGUUGCAAAGCACUUAACUGGAUCAGAAGAUCUCUUCAAAUGAUAAAACAAAAUAAUCUCCUGAACUAUGUAUUAAGUGAGCCAUCUUAAUAUUUUGCACAUAUUUCUAUAUAGUAUAUUUUUUUCUAAAAAAAACUCUUUAGCAUAAAUGUUAAAAUGUGGUAAUAAGAUAUACCUACAUUUUUAACCAAGUGCUCUUACUCAAUAUUAGAAGUGUCAAUUCUGUGUACAUUUACUCUGAAAUGGCACUUAUUUAAAUGAACUUGGAGUACUAAUCAGGAACUUGUCUCAGUGAAUGAGGCAUGAUGCUAAGUUUUUUUUCUCUCUGAUGAUCCCUUUACUAGUUUGGUAUUAGUGCCUAUGCUUUUCCUAAUGUAUUGAGAAUGUUUACAAAUGUAAUUUAUCUGCAAAGAAUCUGCAAUGGCCUUGUUGAAAAAGAUACAACUGUAUAAUUCAUGGAGGAAGAGUUAAUGAAACAAACACCUGAGGACUAAAUUAAUUACUUUUUUAAGCAAAGGCAGAUAUUAGGUGUAUAAAUAAUAUUAGCAUUGGAGCACUUGCUUAACAAUAAUUUAUAUCUAAGUAGAUAAAAUUAAGCUAAACUGUAAAUGGAUUAAGUUCCUUCCUAACACAUGCCUAUAUAUGCAGCAUUGUAUGUAACUGUGAAAUAAAUGUUCGAUUUUUUUUUCAGAAACAGAGAUUUUAUUCUGAAAUUAUUUGUUCAGAGGACAGUAUGAAUAUCACUAUUCAUUUAGUCAUAUUCUUUUUAUUGGUGCUGUAACACAUGGAUAUUCUCAAACUUAACUUUGUUACACAAAAUGCUAGGACACAUUUGAAUGUUUGUUUUAAUAAUAAAACUAUUUCAACAAUG